AUGGGGUCUAUCGCAAAGAAGGGAUUGCAGCAGUAUUUAAUACAACUCCAACAACAUCCUUUAAGAACCAAGAUGAUAACUGCAGGAACGAUGUCAGCGAUCAGUGAUAUAGUGGCGCAGAAGCUCACUGGGAUUCAAAAAAUUCAAUUCAGACGACUUCUUCUCAAAGUGAUUUUUGGCGCUGCCUAUCUGGGACCGCUUGGGCAUUUUUUUCACAUUUUGCUGGACAAAAUUUUUAAAGGGAAGAAGGAUACAAAAACUGUUGCCAAGAAGGUGGUGGUGGAGCAACUGACGUGGUCGCCUUGGAACAAUCUCUUUUUCAUGAUUUACUAUGGGUUGGUCGUUGAUGGAAGACCAUGGAUCCAUGUGAAAUCCAAAAUUAAGAAGGAAUAUCCAACUGUUCAGUAUACAUCAUGGACGUUCUGGCCAGUUGUUGGAUGGGUAAAUCACCAAUAUGUACCACUUCAGUUGCGGGUUGUAGUCCAAAGUGUUGUUGCAUGUUUCUGGGGAAUAUUUUUGAAUCUGCGAGCAAGGUCUAUGCCACUAACAAAAGGUUAA